UCAGCGAUGGAGAUGGUGGCGGCCUCGUCAGCCUAGCAGCAGGAAGAAGAUGUUUGCUUCCAGUGAAAGGACAACAUCGCCUUAUUGUAAGCUUUUAUAAGAGAGUAAACCGCCGUAGAGUUUUUCUGCUGAGCCUGCUGGGAUUUAGACACCACAUUCCCUCACCUGGAGCCGGCCUCUGUGAGUCUGAAGCAGGGCGCUGGAGAAAAUGUCCCUGUUCCAGUCGGCACUUGAUUUCCUAGCCGGGCCCGGCUCGUCCGGGGCAGCCAGUCGGGACCAGAAUGAUUUCGUCGGACAGGUCGUUGAGCUCGGUGACAUGAAACUGAGGAUCAAGAGGGUGAUCGCCGAAGGUGGUUUUGCCUUUGUGUAUGAAGCCCAGGACAUGAGCAGUGGUAAAGACUAUGCCCUCAAGAGGCUACUGUCCAACGAGGAGGAGAAGAACAAGGAAAUCAUACAGGAAGUCUGCUUCAUGAAAAAGCUGUCGGGUCAUCCCAACAUGGUUCAGUUCUGCUCUGCCGCCUCCAUCAGUAAGGAGGAGUCAGACACCGGACAAGCAGAGUUCCUGAUCCUCACAGAGUUGUGUAAAGGUCAGCUGGUGGAGUUUAUAAAGCGGGUAGAGCAGAGGGCUCCCUUGUCAUGUGACACCGUGCUGAAAAUCCUCUACCAGACGUGCCGCGCCGUGCAGCACAUGCACAAGCAGAAGCCUCCGAUCAUACACAGAGACCUCAAGAUUGAGAACCUCUUGAUUAGUAACCAGGGCACCAUCAAGCUGUGUGACUUUGGCAGCGCCACCACUGUGUCACAUUACCCCGACUACAGCUGGUCGGCACAGAAGAGGUCCAUGGUGGAGGAUGAGAUCACAAGGAACACCACUCCAGCAUACCGGACACCAGAGAUGAUCGAUCUCUACUCCAACUUCCCCAUCAAUGAGAAACAGGACAUCUGGGCCCUAGGAUGCAUCCUCUACCUGUUGUGUUUUAAGCAGCACCCAUUCGAGGAGGGGGCCAAGCUGCAGAUCGUCAACGGAAAAUACUCCAUCCCUCAGAAUGAUGUCAAGUACACUGUGUAUCACGACCUCAUACGUUCCAUGUUGAAGGUGAACCCCGAGGAACGUCUGUCCAUUACAGAGUUGGUCAACCAGCUGCAGGAGAUAGCAGCAGCACGCAAUGUCAACCCCAAGUCUCCCAUUACAGAGCUGCUGGAGCAGAACGGAGGUUUUGGCAACAACGGAGCCCAGCCGCCCAUGCAGAUCCAGAACGUCCAUAACAGUGCAGGCAUAUACGAUCCUGAUCAGGCAGGCAGCGGCCUCCUGGAUAUCUUGAGGGGAGGAACCGAGCGCUUCCUGACCAACAUAAAAGACACUUCCUCUAAGGUCAUCCAGUCAGUAGCCAGCAACCCAAGCUAUGCCAAAGGGGACCUUGAUAUUUCAUACAUCACCUCCAGAAUAGCAGUCAUGUCUUUCCCAGCAGAGGGGGUGGAGUCAGCAAUAAAGAACAACAUUGAGGACGUCCGCCUGUUCCUUGAUUCACGUCAUGCUGGCCACUAUGCUGUCUACAACCUCUCCAGACGAUCCUACAGGCCUUCUCGGUUCCACAACAGGGUUUCAGAGUGUAACUGGCAGGUGCGCCGUGCUCCCAACCUCCGCAGUCUCUACAGUGUCUGUAAGAACAUGCAUCUAUGGCUCAAGCAAGACCAGAGGAACAUCUGUAUAGUACACUGUCUGGAUGGCAGAGCAGCGUCAGCGGUGGCAGUUUGCUCUUUCCUGUGCUUCUGUCGCCUUUUCACCACAGCUGAGGCAGCUGUCUACAUGUUCUCAAUGAAACGCUGCCCACCUGGCAUAGCACCUUCACACAAGAGGUAUAUAGAGUAUAUGUGUGACAUGAUGGCAGAGGAGCCCAUCAUCCCCCACUGCAAGCCCAUAAUAAUUCGCUCCAUCAUCAUGACACCCGUGCCGCUGUUCAACAAGCAGCGUAAUGGAUGCAGGCCAUUUUGCGAAGUUUAUGUAGGAGACGAGAGAGUCCUCACCACGUCACAGGAGUACGACAAGAUGAGGGAUUUUAAGAUGGAGGAUGGGAGAGCGGAGAUUCCCCUCAACGUGACAGUCCAGGGAGAUGUACUGGUGGUGAUCUAUCAUGCCAGAUCUACAUUGGGAGGACGUCUGCAGGCUAAGAUGGCAUCCAUGAAGAUGUUUCAGAUCCAGUUCCACACAGGUUUUGUCCCCAGAAAUGCAACCACUGUCAAGUUUGCCAAGUAUGACUUGGAUGCCUGUGACAUCCAGGAGAAGUACCCAGAUUUGUUCCAGGUCAACUUGGACAUCGAGGUGGAACCCAGGGACAGACCCAGCACCAAGACCCCUCCUUGGGAGGGCUUCCAAACCAAGGGCCUCAACCCCAAAAUCCUUUUCUCCUCUCGUGAUGAACAGCAGGAGAUCCUCAGCAAAUUUGGUAAGCCCGAGCUGCCUCGUCAGCCAGGUUCUUCAGCAUUUUAUGACUCAGAGUCGCCCCAGCCGGCACAGACCCCAGAAGGCUCCAAUGUAACAGAACCAGAAUCUCCUGUGAGCACUGAUAGCAAUGCCAACAACUUCUUCCAGACGCUGGAUUGGGAAGAUGUACGUGGUCCUCACGAUGCCUCAGAAGGUCAAGGAGGGGGAUCCAUGAAUGACCAGGAGGACCUGAGUGAUCAAUCAGAAGGAGAUUCCUACUCGUACUCUGCCCCCAGUGGGGAGCCACUGUCACGUGACACCAGCGAACAGCUGUUUGAUGCUGACUUCCAGACCUCCCCUCCUGCAGCUGAGGAAUCUCCUAUCAGUGACACGGCUGACCUCUUGGGGUUGAACUCUGACCCUCAGCCUCCUUCCGCAUCCUCAGCCUCCUCCUCUGCUCCUCAGCAAGGGCUCCAGGGAGGAAUGAAAGCUGCAUCCAGCAACAGUGACCUCCUCAACGACCUGUUUGCACCCCCUGCUGGUCAGACAGGAGCAGCGCAGGAAGACUUGUUCUUCAGUGGACCAAGCAGUGGGGCCACACCAGACUCAAAACCCAUGAGCGACCUGUUUGAUCCAUUUGGGAUGGGGUCUGGCUCUGGUGUUGGCUCCAGUGUGGGAUCGUCUCGGCAGGCCUCUGGACCGGACCUGUUUGGGGACUUGUUGGGCUCUGAUAGUUCAGCCACCAGCGGGUUCAGCUCAGCUCACAGUAACCCGACUCCCGCUUCCAACACAAGCCUCUUCAACCUCAAUAAGAUAGUGAAUGACACCCCUAAGAUGACAUCAUCAGCCAGCCAUCCAGACCUGCUGGGUGGGUGGGACAGCUGGGCAGCUGGCAGCACUGCUGGCAUGAGCGCCACCACCAGCAAACCCACCUAUACCAACACAGCUUCUGGUGUGUCAUCUAUGUCGAAGGCCAAGUCUCAGACCUUUGAUCCUUUUGCUGACCUGGGAAACCUGGGAUCCAAUUUACCAGGGUCCUCUGGGCCUUCUUUUACCACAAAGGCUCCUUCCUCCUCUGCUAAGCCUCAAGCCCAGCCCUGGCAGUCCGGAAGACCCACCUCAGCCCAGAACAAACCUUGGAUGUCCGGAUCAGGACCUGGGUCAGCACCCAAAGCAUCCUCAGCGUCUCAGCCUGCGGGCACUCAGUCCACCAAACCCAACUACAACCUCAACUUCUCCAGUGUCAUUGGUGGGAGAGAGGAGAGAGGAGUCCGUGGGCCUGGAUUUGGCCCCAAGCCGAAGGUAAAGGAGGAUGAUUUUGAGGACCUGCUGUCCACUCAGGGUUUUGCCUCUAGGCCUGAUAAGAAGGGACCAAGGACCAUCGCUGAAAUGAGGAGACAGGAGAUCACAAAAGACAUCGAUCCACUUAAAUUACAGAUCUUGGACUGGAUUGAAGGGAAGGAGCGAAACAUCCGAGCGCUGCUGUCAACUCUGAACACGGUGCUGUGGGAGGGUGAAACCCGCUGGAAGCCUGUGGGCAUGGCUGACCUGGUGACACCUGAGCAGGUGAAGAAGUACUACAGGAAGGCUGUGCUGAUUGUCCAUCCAGAUAAGGCGACGGGCAAGCCUUAUGAACAAUACGCUAAGAUGAUCUUCAUGGAACUGAACGACGCCUGGUCAGAGUUCGAGAACCAGGGAUCCAAAGCACUCUUCUAAAACCCCAGUCUGGAUCCCAAAUAGACCAGACCAGACCGGACUGGACUGGAUUUGACCUAACCAAAUGUGGGUUAGACGGGGCCAGAUUGGACAGGACUGAGCCCACAUUGGGCCUUUGGGGGCGCAGAGCCUCUGAGAGGUGUCCUCUCUACCAUCCCCUUCACUCCCUUCGUCCUUCUUUACUUUCUUCUGUCUCUACAGUCAAGGAAAAAGACAGUUUGCCUCAUGUCCGACUGUAGUGAAAAUGUCCUCACUGGUUCAUAACGAGCCUGUUAAAUAAACAUUGUGAUAGGUCUUAAACUCACUGCCUACCUGUACGACUGCCUGAGUGGUGCUGCAAACAUCAGGAGGGAGGAAUGGGCGACAAUCACACGAAGAAGAAAAAAUGGAAAAGAAAUCAGAUAAACAAGGACUUUUAAAAUGACGAAGCUGCUCGUCAUGUCAGCAGUGUUCCAUUAAAAAGAUGGACUGACCCUACACUAAUAAAAUGCUGGUGACUUUUGGCUGUGGCUGGUAAGUUUGUCGGUUGUUUCUGGCGCCGUUGCAGACAUCCACUCAUUCAGCUGACUGGUUAAGAAGAUACAGAAACAAAACUGAACAUGGCUGUGAAGUUUUCAGCAUGCCAGUUUGCAAAACGUAAUUUGAAUGUUAAGUUUUUAAGCUUAGUUGCCUCCAAAAAUAUUGCUGAUGAAUCUUAGAACAUACCAACCACUGCGACCAAUGGACAAGAAAAAAACCCUCUGUCGUGUCUCUAAUGCGAACGUGGAUUAAAACCUCCCCAGGAUUUGAAACACAGUAGAUCUGUUGAUAAUACCCAGUAAUACUCUGAAGAGCCACUGCUGCACCUUUUGGGAUCAACGCUUGGUUGGGUUUGCUCUUGAGCCAUUUCCUCUUCAGAAAGAUGAGACUAUUGCCUGCUGAACACUACUUGUGCUGCUUCUACCAUCACAGUUACUGCUACAUACACUCCUCAGAUCGAUGUUAAAACCUGCACCCCAAGCUUCGGACUUCUGACAAAGGAGCUGAACUUGUUCUGGAGCCCCCAUAUAAACCCGAGCGGGCAGUCUGUCAUUUUUUGAAGUGCUCUUUUAAUUCAACCCACUCAGGCUAUACUGUGUAGCUAACUGCAUGCUCCCCCCACACCAAACCUCAAGGUAUGCGUGUGUGUUUGAUUUCAAACCAGGGUAGUCCAAAGGGGCAGGGGGGGCUUUUUUUUUGUUGAAGUGCUCUUUUCUUGUAGCAGAAACAGAUGAGUCUACCUGCCUGAUUACGCUGAGUGGCAGAUUUCAUGCCUUCCCAGCACUGACACAGCUCAUUGCUCUUGAGCACCUCCAUCAUCACUGUCAUUAUUAACCCCUCUCUGUGUCUCUGGAAGCUCCAGCUCCCCCCCUAUUCAGUGGCCAUUUUUUUUGACAUUGUGUAGGAGAUCAAAAAAGUGAAGGAAUGAAAAGAGAAUCUGGUGAUUUAAUCUGGUUUUAAUCUGUCGUGUAUUGUUUGUGUUCAUUCUGAGCUUUGAGCUUAAUCAUCACUUCAGUGUAAAUAUAAAAAUAUCAUCCAUCAAGUGGCUUUGUUGAGAUUACAGCCUGGGCUGUUCAUUACUGAGCUCCAUGUUCAUUGCGUGAAUGGUUUUGUGUUCGUGUGCGUGUUCAUGCUUUCUUGUUUGCAAUCGCAAUCUUUUCUCUUGUGGUUUAAUUUUUUCAGCCUCUCCCACACUUUUUUUUUAUUGAUGUUUUUCUUUUCAAAAACAAUCCUUUCAACUUUUUUUGCUCUUUUUUUCCAUAUAUUUUUUAUUUCACGUUUUACCUCAUGGACCAAUCAAAUCACCUGUUUUCUUAUUUAUUAUAUUGUUUUUUGGGAGGGUUGGGGGUUAUAAAGACAUGUAGUCAUGCACAUUAAUGGCACAAGUGAAAAAUUUCAGAUAAUAUAUAAGUGGAAUGUGCUGAGUGCGAGCGGGACAGUUGUUGAUCACAGUGAGUCUCUUUGUUGCUGUUUUCAUUCCAAAGCAUCUAUUAUUAAUAUGAAUGUGCUUUUACAAAUAUAUAUCCUCCCUGUUGUUAAGUAGUAUGUGUUUAUCAUUUGUUAAGUCUUUUUGUUGUUAGUUUUUUUUCCUCUUAAGGCAGAACUGAAGUUGUUUCUGUUUUGCAUUUUGACAUUUUGUUAAAAGUCCAACACGAGGGGCCAGUAACUGAAGUAAGAAAAAAAUACACAAACUGAUGCUUGAAAUUCAGUUGAAACUCUGACAGUAUGAUCAUAGUAUAACGAGGGGGGAUUGCAAAACCACAUCGGCAGUGUUUACUGUACCAAAUUACAUCAUACUAAUAUGAAUGUAGAUUACAGUGCAAAAACAAAUGAUUAAAAAAUCUUUU